CGCGCGAUCGCCUCUUCACGGGAGCGUGCACGCACGAAUACUCGUCACCGUGGAGAUUGGGCAGGGCCUACAACUUGAGGCCGGGGAUCGAGGCCUAGCAGCUGUUUGAAAAGCAGUCAGAGCGAGAAGGCUCUGCCGGGGAUGUGAGGGCAGUGAUGUUGCGGUCCCGGGAGUGAAGCAGCAAGUGCUGAGCCGAGGGUUGGGUUUGCCAGGGCUGGUGGACUGGACCGGGAUCUGUCUGCAACAAGCAUCACACGGAAUAUGAGCGAUGGAGCCGAGCUCCGCCGACAACCCGGUCACUCUGGUCAUCAAAACUCCAAACCAGAAAUAUGAUGAUCAGACCGUCAGCUGUUUCCUCAACUGGACAGUGGAGAAGCUCAAGAGCCACUUGUCUCGGGUUUACCCAAGUCGGCCGUCCACCAAGGAUCAGAGACUUGUGUAUUCUGGCAAACUUCUCCCUGACCACUUGCAGCUCAAGGACAUUUUUAGAAAGCAAGACGAGUAUCAUAUGGUUCACUUAGUCUGCUCUUCAAGGACUCCUCCAGGAUCACCCAAAUCUGGUUAUAAGAGCAAUGGAACUCUGGCAACCAACAAUGGAACCAUGAGUUCUGAAAAUUCAAGUACCACAACACCCUCAUCGUCUCCAAGCCAAGAAACCAUUAUUGGAUCCACAGGUUCUAAUUCAGCUGAUAUUAGACACCGCAACUUUUCUCAGGUUCCUUUAAACCAUGCACAAAGUCACGGAUUCCAACACGUUAUGCAAGGACAUGGAGUUGGUCAGGUUCCUAUGCAGCCAGGAAUCCCAGGCAACUUUCCAAUAUAUUCAAUGUACAGUCCACAGCAUGUCCUCUGGUGGCAGCAGAUGUAUGCACGGCAGUACUACAUGCAGUAUCAAGCUGCAGCCAGGCUCUCAGGAUCAACCAAUACACAGUCCUCCAGUCCAGCAUCUUCUGAGCCCGUGAACCCUGAGCCUAAUCGCCCAGAUGAUGCCCCAGCCGCCCCUAUUGCAGCUGUUCCGGAGAACCGACCCAUCAACCAGAAUAUUCAGAUGAAUGCACAGGGAGGCCCAGUCCUAAAUGAAGAGGACUUAAAUCGUGAUUGGUUGGACUGGAUGUACACAGUCUCCCGAGCAGGCAUCCUGCUAAGUAUUGUCUAUUUCUACUCUUCUUUCAGCCGCUUUGUGAUGGUGAUGGGAGCUAUUUUGCUGGUUUAUUUGCAUCAAGCUGGGUGGUUCCCAUUCAGACAAGAUGUACCAAAUCGGCGACCAGCAAAUCAUCCCAUGGAGUUCAACCAGGAAGGGCAAGAAGAUAAUGCCUUUGAAGUUCGUGAAAUGGAGCGGUUAAUGGAUGAAGGUCUGGAUGAUGAUAGUGGAGAAAGUGGUGAAAGUGGUGAUAGUGGAGAUGAUACCACUGAAAGCACAACAGGUGCAGAGCCACCAGGUUUCAUGGCUUCUGCAUGGUCAUUCAUCACCACUUUCUUUACCUCACUCAUCCCGGAAGGCCCUCCUCAAGUUGGCAACUAGGAAAAGCAGUAGACUUUUCAUCUGACUGCUCACUACAGCUGUAUAUUUGAGUGGCAUUUACUAAAAAAACAAACCAAGACUGAAGUGUGGGAGUAUACUUAACCCUUUGUGUUGCCAUUGUCUCUACAAUUUUCCAUGCUGUUAAGUCUUUCUCCUGAUGAUGGCAUACAUUUGAGUUUCACUGCUUUUAUUGCACCCAAAUUCUGGAGGGCACCAAAUGGAUAUGUGCUUUCCUCAGUUUCAUUUUCACUGCUUUACAUUAGCAAAGAUAAAAUAUUCUAAAAGUUA